AUGGCGCUAUCUGAUACGGUUCUCAGCAACCUUACGAUAAUCUAUGUCACAAUCAUCAUCUGUAUGAAGUUCUACGGCUUUCUCUCCGGUCGAACCUUCACCGGAGCCUUUAUUCUGAUGAUGUCAACCACCGUGGUGGUGGUUAUUCUAAUAUCAACGCUGGCGUGGGAUGUUUCUCGUAAAGCCACGUAUGCCUUCAACCGCCAACAUCCACCUAGUCACAGCCAUGAUGAGAUCAUUUGCAAGGGAGGUAUCUGUUGGCACGGCGUCGCCGUCCGGUCACCGGCUUCUCAGGUCCGUUUCAGACUUCCUCAACAGAUGUUUCCCAUUCCCAACGCCGCUUUGUAA